CAGUAUGAAUGAGGAGGAGUAAGUAUAUCUAAUUCAAGCUAACGAGGUCUGCGACGACCAUUGGCAAUGCUUUAGGAAUUGGCUGGGCGGUCUUCUCCGCUCCGCCUGUUAAGCAUAUUAAAGCUUCCCACUGGUUCAAUCAAGAGUAGAGGUUCACCUUGCUUGUUCACGCAAGAACUCACAAUGGCCGACAUGGACUUCGACACCGGCUUGGGCCUCGAAGACACGCAUGUUCUGGUGACAGGCUCGAGUGGGGCAAUCGGUUCCGUGGUGGUGAGCGCCUUUCUUAGCGCAGGCUGCUUUGUCUCUGCUUUCGAUAUUGCUGAGCCCACCUACAGGACACACGACCGACUGCAUCAACAAGUAGUGGACAUCACUGACGAGAAUGGUGUCGAAGAAGCCAUGGAAACAGCAAGGCAGAAAUUCGGGCUGAUAGCGACAUGCAUUGCCGUAGCUGGGUUGGAUUUGUCUUACAUCCCCCAUGGCUCGCUCGCAGAUAUGCCCCUUGCGGACUGGAAACGAGUGAUGAGCGUCAACAUCGACGGCACGUUUUUAACAUGUCGAGGCUGGCUUCGAGGAAUACGAGAUCACGCAAAAGCAGGGGACAGGAAUAUCGCCGCCGUGAUUUUUGGGUCCGAAGCCGGGAGAUUUGGGGUGCCGGCCUCGGCCGCCUAUGCAAGCUCCAAAGCGGCAAUCCAAUAUGGUCUGGUCAAGUCUCUUGCACGGGAUGCUGUGAGCAUGCAUCCCUGCGCUCGUGUCAAUGCAGUCGCGCCAGGACCCGUGGACACUGCCCAGUUUAGGAAGGAGUGUAGGGCAGACGAAAGUGCCAGGUGGCGGGAGGCCGAAGCAACAGUAGCUUUGGGAAGACCAGUUACAAUAGAAGCUGUCGCAAGGGCGUGUUUGUUUCUUGCAAGCGACAACUUUGCAGGCAACAUAACUGGUCAAUUGUUGCCUGUUGACUCAGGAAAGAGUGGCAGCCUCUACUGGCUCGAGAAUGGGGAAGGGGCCUAGUGGAGAUCGCAUGUUCUUCAUCCCAGUAC